AUGGAUCUGACAAAGAUGGGUAUGAUCCAGCUGCAGAACCCUAGCCACCCUACGGGGCUGCUGUGCAAGGCCAAUCAGAUGCGACUGGCCGGGACUUUGUGCGAUGUGGUCAUCAUGGUGGACAGCCAGGAGUUCCAUGCCCACCGGACGGUGCUGGCCUGCACCAGCAAGAUGUUUGAGAUUCUCUUCCACCGAAACAGCCAGCACUAUACUCUGGACUUCCUCUCCCCAAAGACCUUCCAGCAGAUUCUGGAGUAUGCCUACACGGCCACACUGCAAGCCAAGGCAGAGGACCUGGAUGACCUGCUGUAUGCAGCUGAGAUCCUGGAAAUUGAGUACCUGGAGGAGCAGUGCCUGAAGAUCCUGGAAACCAUCCAGGCAUCUGAUGACAACGACACAGAGGCCACCAUGGCCGAUGGUGGGGGCGAAGAAGAAGAGGACCGCAAGGCUCGAUACCUCAAGAACAUCUUCAUCUCGAAGCAUUCCAGCGAGGAGAGCGGGUAUGCCAGCGUGGCUGGACAGAGCCUCCCUGGGCCCAUGGUGGACCAGAGCCCUUCGGUCUCCACCUCUUUUGGUCUUUCAGCCAUGAGUCCUACCAAGGCAGCAGUGGACAGUUUGAUGACCAUAGGGCAGUCUCUCCUGCAAGGAACUCUUCAGCCACCUGCAGGGCCUGAAGAGCCCACAUUGGUCGGGGGUGGGCGGCACUCCGGGGUGGCUGAGGUGAAGACAGAGAUGAUGCAGGUAGAUGAAGUCCCUGGCCAGGACAGCCCUGGGGCAGCUGAGUCCAGCAUCUCAGGAGGGAUGGGGGACAAGCUUGAAGAAAGGAGCAAAGAGGGGCCUGGUACUCCCACUAGAAGCAGCGUCAUCACCAGUGCCAGAGAGCUUCAUUAUGGGCGAGAAGAGAGUGGUGAGCAGCUGUCACCUCCUGUUGAAGCUGGUCAGGGACCCCCUGGGCGACAGGAGCUCCUGGUACCCCCAGUGGAGAAGCAUUUGGGCAUAUACUCAGUAUUGCCCAACCACAAGGCCGAUGCUGUGUUAAGCAUGCCAUCUUCAGUGACCUCUGGUCUCCAUGUGCAACCUGCCCUGGCCGUCUCCAUGGACUUCAGCACCUAUGGGGGCCUGCUGCCUCAGGGCUUCAUCCAGAGGGAGCUGUUCAGCAAGCUGGGUGAGCUGGCUGUAGGCAUGAAGGCCGAGAGCCGUCCUCUGGGGGAGCAGUGCAGCGUGUGUGGGGUCGAGCUUCCGGACAACGAAGCCGUAGAGCAGCACAGGAAGCUGCACAGUGGAAUGAAGACAUACGGGUGUGAGCUCUGCGGAAAACGGUUCCUGGAUAGUUUGCGACUGAGGAUGCAUUUACUGGCUCAUUCAGCGGGUGCCAAAGCCUUUGUGUGUGAUCAGUGUGGUGCCCAGUUCUCAAAGGAGGAUGCUCUGGAGACACACAGACAGACCCAUACUGGCACAGACAUGGCUGUCUUCUGUCUGCUGUGUGGGAAGCGCUUCCAGGCACAGAGCGCUCUCCAACAGCACAUGGAGGUCCAUGCAGGCGUGCGAAGCUAUAUCUGCAGUGACCACCCGUAUGAGUGUGAGUUCUGUGGCAGCUGCUUCCGGGAUGAGAGCACGCUCAAGAACCACAAGCGCAUCCACACAGGGGAGAAACCCUAUGAGUGCAAUGGCUGCGGCAAGAAAUUCAGCCUCAAGCACCAGCUGGAAACGCACUACAGGGUUCACACAGGUGAGAAGCCCUUCGAGUGCAAACUCUGCCACCAGCGCUCCCGAGACUACUCAGCCAUGAUCAAGCACCUGAGAACACACAAUGGCGCCUCUCCCUACCAGUGCACCAUCUGCACGGAGUACUGCCCCAGCCUCUCCUCCAUGCAGAAGCACAUGAAGGGCCACAAGCCAGAGGAGAUCCCACCUGAUUGGAGGAUAGAGAAGACAUACCUCUACCUGUGUUAUGUGUGA